AUGAGCCCAAGUCCUGAACUCGAGGCCAAGUACCCCAUCGGGAGCAGGCCAAACAUCUCGUUCACACCAUAUCUAAUCUUUUGUUCCUACCUAGUCAGCUUGAUUGGAUCCGCCACAACGGUAGAGCUGUUACAUCGAAGAGUGUCCGGCUCAGGAUGGAGAGCAUGGGUGCAAAUCGCAGGUUGUUCAGUCUCCUUCGGCUUAGUCGCGAUCUGGUGCAUGCACUUCGUUGGCAACCGAGCCAUUGUUUUGGGUGACGGUGAGGAUGAGAUUCAGCUCUACUAUAGCCCUACAUAUACUGCGCUAUCCGCCGUUAUCCCCGUCGUAGUCAUCUUCCUUGGGCUGACGAUUGCCGACCGCUUCUACAGGCGGAGCAAGCACGCCGCUAUUCGAGUCGUAUCUCUCGUCGUGUGUGGUUUCUGUGCUGGCGCAGCCAUCACUGAGAUGCAUUACCUUGGGAAUAACGGCACUGAGAACUAUCGCCUGCAUCUCAACUGGCCGCAUGUAUUCGGUGCUGCGGGUAUCGCAGUGGGCGCAAGUCUGCUAUCUUUCGGCCUCUUCUUCCAUUGGAGCGGAUCGUGGCUGAACAACAUUUUCAGGCGUUGUGUGGUAGCUUGUUUUCUGGCUCUGGCCGUUUCUGGUAUGCACUGGACUGGUGCUGCUGGUACGUGGUAUGAAGUGCGAGGCUACCACGAAGGCUCCCGUCAAGAACGCAACAUCACGCUCACCAUCGCUCUUUGCCUGUGUUUGAGCGCCUGCUUUGUGUGCUUCUUGCUUGGCUUCUUGAAGCAGCGUCACCGCCGACUCCUCAAAGAUCGCGCCCAACAGGUCGUACUGGCCUGCGCUACAUUCGACGAAAGUGGUAAGCUCUUGGUCAGUCAAGGUGGCCUUCUGCCCUGUCAGACUAUCACUCGCCAGUUCCAUCAGAGAACUUUCGCCGAUGAAUUCAACACUGCGCAUCCUGUCUUCCAGUGGAUUUUUCGGGUCUCUCGCCACUGGGGAGGCGUCUCUGAUCUGAUCCCAUCGAUGCGCGAGCACCUGCACAACACUGGAUAUUUGCAGACGACUUCACCCUCGACAGCGCCAGAUAGUCGAAGCUCGUUCAGCUCGGAGGGUGACUCGACAUACUCUGCUACAUUCCGGGAACUGUUCUGUGUCACUGCCUACGAUAUCGCCAAGACGCUCGAUACUGGCCUCCAGAACCUCGGCAACCUAUACGAAGAGGUCGUGACCACAGGUACCUCCAUGUCGAUGGCAAGAGCUGUGUUCAAGGACCCUAACGACAGGAGGGAAAUUCUUGCAACAGACGUUGCGAACCGAUACCUUGAGACCGGCAUGGCAAGCCCGAUCCUCUUCGGUCGAGGGCAAAUGUUGGUUCUGACCAAGAAGGCUGAUGCGAACGAGGUGAAGCGCCUGCAGAACCUGGGCUAUCACUUUGCGAACAUCGAACAAGUUGGCGACAAUCUGGCCCGUAGUCUCCAGGUCACCCGCGACGACCUCUACGACAUGGUCGACCGUUGGCAUACUUUUACCGAUAGGGAACCAUCGAUCCCACUAAGUGGGACUUAUCUUGCAUGCUUCCUUCUGCAACCUGCGCCAGGAAUGCGAGGACUCGAUAUCGUCGUACCGCGAGCGAACCCAGACAGGCUGCCUAUGGUCAAGCUGGCAAAUGGCGAUCUUUCCCUGGGUGAGCUGAAGGUCCUGGUUAGCUUUAAUGGGCUAUCGCUCGACGGUUGCCUCGCCAAAUCCGGGCAAAUAUUGGGACUGGGGACUAAAAAGGACGAUGCGUUCCUGGAAAACUUCCGCAACAGGAUCCUCGAUCUUCUAAACAAGGCGCCCGAACCCGCGCUGCAUCGUGCCAUCUUCUCCGCGAAGCAGCUCGACAUUGUUCAUGGUGUUGUUGGGAAGAAGGAGCGCAGCCCAGCGACAGUAUUUGCCUUCUGUGGUAUCAAAGAGAUCUACAUUCAGUCUCUUCAUAGCACGACACUGAAGUGCAUCCCUAUGUCCUUCUUCCAGACUUGCCUCAGGUCAUAUCCCGGCUCUCCAGACCAUCAGAUUCUGGCGAUCCGCAACCACAAGGAGUUUGCCACCCUCGUGCAAACUCCCUCUCUCACCGAAAAGCCUGAGAAGCGCAGCAACAAGUGGAUCUUCAGGCUGCGACCAUACCGGUCGAUGUCAUCUGAAAUGACGCUCCAGCCGGACUCGUGCUCGGAAAAGGGCCUGGUGAACCCAUCAUCACCAUGCGUCGAUGCAAGCAGCAUUCAUCCUUGGGGAAGUAUUAUGGUCACCUCCACCCAGAAGAUCGUCCACGACGAGUCGAAGAAGGAAGGCUCCACCAUGGAGCUCAGCGACAUGGGGGUCAAGUCCGAGGCUGGUGUUGCUGAUACAGAGCAGCAGACAUUGGCGGAUCGAUUGAUAUCUAUCACGACCGCGUUCCGCGACCCACAUGCGACACGAGCACUGCCGAAGGACCUGUUCUAUGGAAGGACGUAG